UUUGAGCCGAUUCCAGCUCCAUGCCAACCGCUAAGCGGUGUUGUUACAUUGCCGCUUUGCUCAGGUCCAACAACGUCGACCACCACAACUCCUGUGAUGGCCGCGCCUGGAGCUGGCGGUAACAAUGGCAGUGCCGGCAGCGCAGGCUCUGCUGAGCAACCCGGUGUCGAUGAUCUGUACAACAUGGAUGAUUUCUUGCCCACUCCUAUGGAGGCUGUUGCAAAUGUGCAGGGAAAUGGAAGUAAGCCCUCACUGCCCGAAGCUGCCCGACGCGAACUGUCACAGUUAUCGGAUAGGUUCGAGUUUGACAACAAUCCCGAAUCUCAUCACGAUCCUCAUUGUGCCCUCGUCAAAUGCAAAAUAAGUGAGUAA